AUGCCGAAGAAGAUGGGAGUGAACAGCAAAGCCGAAGAGGCUAGAGCUCGGAAAAACGCAACAGAAACCGAGAAAAAAAAUCGAGAGGCUCGCGAGAAAGAAGACCAGUACUGGCGCGAAGCCGAGGGGUCGAAGUCACGCGCCACCAAGAAACGAGAGGAGGAAUUGGAGAAAAAAGCUGAAGCAGCCGCUCGUAAAGCCGAGGCGCGCCGAUUAGCUGAGCAGGAAGAGAAGGAGCUGGAGAAGGCUAUGAAGAAGCCGGAUAAGAAGGCGAAUAGGGUUUCGAUUCCGGUGAAGGUGACGGAGGCGGAGUUGAGGAAGAAAAAGGAGGAGGAACAAGCGGAGAUGGCUAAGAAAGCGGAUGAGACGAAGAGGAGAAAGGAUAGGACUGCGGCGGAGGAGGAGUAUGAGAGGAUGGUGCUGGUUUCGAAUACGAACAGGGAUGAUUCGAUUAUUGAAGCCAGGAAUGUUGAGGAAGCCAUUGCGCAGAUGUCUGUUGCUGAUAAUUUGCCUGCUGAUCGGCAUCCUGAGAGGAGGCUUAAGGCCGCGUUUAAGGCUUUUGAAGAAGCUGAGCUCCCCAAGCUCAAGGAGGAGAAACCGGGCCUUACCCAUACACAAUACAAGGACAUGAUAUGGAAGCUAUGGAAGAAAUCUCCAGACAAUCCUCUUAACCAGACUAGUGAGUGA